UAUAAUAUUUAAUAUCUUAAAAAUCCUACAUUCUUCAAAUCAUACUAUUUCUUCUAAUUAAAAUAGCUUAAUAUUUCUCUGGUUAUAAACAAAAAUAUAAAAAACAAAUACACUAGCUACUUAACUAUCAGUCAUAUUUUAACUUAGAAAUUAUUUUUACAACUCUUUAAAAUGAAUUAGAGAUUGAAAUUGCUGGCCUAAAAAAAGGAAACUAAUAUUUCAAGCGCUGCAAACUUAUCAACUUCGAAUGUUCAAAAUAGUAGAAAUGCAAAUAUUGACUCAUCUAUUAUGUCUGAUGAGGACGACAAUCAUAAUGAUAUAUUGUCAUUUUUAUAAAAUGAUAAACCCAUUUAGGCUAAAUCAGAAAAUAUUUAACAAUUGAACAACUAAUCAAAAGUAAAGUAAUCCAAUUUAAAUCAAAAUUAACGAUUAGCUUAGCAAGUAUAAACUAAUCAAGUUCCUUUUGAUGACAAUUCUAGGUUUGCUAAAAUGUCAAAAUAAGAGGAAAUUUCUUAUGCAGAAUAAGAAAAUUACAAUAAGAAGAAAUUAAAGAAGCCUUUUUCAAAUGUUAAUCCAGUUUUAAUGAAGUUCUAAAAUAAACAAAAUAACUAAAAAAUGUAAAUAAAUUAAUAAAAUAGCGAAAUUAUUGAGCCAAAAAUAGAAGAAGAAGCUACAAACUUAGAAAAUGAAGAUUUAAAUUCUGACAAUAUAGAUAAAAUAUUUUAGAGAGAGUAAAGCUUUGAAAAUGAGAAUAAAACUACUUAGCAAAAAGAUUAAAAUACGGUAAACAAAAGACAAUUUAGUGUUUCUGUUAAUAGUGUUGAAAAUAAAGCAAAUUAAAAUGAUUCUAAUAAUUCAUUAGUAAUGAGAAUUUAAGGAAAAGUAAAUGAGUAGAAGCCAAUAAUGCCUUCACCAAAUAAACCAGAAAAUUAAACUAUAUAAGAUAAGGUUUCUUUAAAUCAAAAUGUUAGAGGCUUAAAUCAAAUUCUUAACACUAGUGAAGACGAUGAAGAUGAAGAUGAUGACAUUGAACACUUAAAAUAAAUAUCUAAAUCAACUUAAAAUACUCAAAUGACUAAACCUCAGUAAAUAAAUUAAAAUAAAUCAAACCAGAAUUCGAAGUUUUCAAUACUUCCAAUAAUGAAAGAUUCACUAUCUGAAUAAACAUUUUAACAAAAGCAAGCAAACUCAAAAGAAUAGUUAAAUAAAUUAAAUUAAUAAAAUACUAUGUCUUAAAAUAGAAAUGACCAAGAUCUUUCUAUGUUUGAUGCUCUUUUUGAGGCUAAUGAAGAGAUAUCUAGAAUAGAAAAUGAGUCUAAUAAAAUGGAUGAAGAUAUGGACGAUAAAAAAUCAGUUGCUGACAUGAGUAUGUUUAUAUAAAUCCAGUAAGAGUCUGAAGAUGAUGGAGAUGAAAUAGCUCUAUCUAAAAAAGUAAUUCCUUAAAUGAAUAACCAAAAACCUAAUUAAAUUCAGCAAGCAUCAAGCAGUAAAAUAAAUAACAAGUUAAAUGUAGGCUUGUAAAACACAUUAAAUAAAUACAAAGAUUAAUAAAAUAUAUAAAUGUAAAAUUAACCUGAAAAAGAGCCAACAAAUACAGAAAAUAAAUAAAAUAAUUUAUUUUCUAAACAAAAAUAAACAUCAUUAAAUUAUAUUUAAAAUAAAUUAUAAUCUAAUACAAACCAAAAUUAAUAAUAAUAGCUUUUAUAAAAAUUUAAUGUAAACAAUUAAUAACAAUCAGGAUAAGUUAAACCAUAGAUUAACAUAAAUAGGACUACCAAUAUAGUUGAAAAUUAAAAAUUUAAUAGUAAUAAUAACGAAGAAGCUGGUUUCAUGCAACAAAAAGCUAUGAAACAACCCUCAUUAGUUGAAUAAAUACCUAAAACAAGUAGUUCUUUCUUAUAAAUACAAAAUAAGCUUCAAAAUAAUAAAUUUGCUGAAGAUUAAUCACUCUCAAACUCUGUUUUAAACAUGAGUUAUGUCGAUGAAAAUAAAAAAAUUAAUAAUAUUUAUAAAACUCCUGUGCAAAAUUCUAAAACAAAUAAUUAUUAAUAAAAAAUUACAUAAUACUCAAUGAAUAGUCAAAAAGAAGAUGAGGAUGAUUUCUAUAAAAAUUUUGAAAGCAGCUAUCAGAAUAUUAUGUUCGCAGCUAAACCUAAUGACAAUAAUAGAUUCAAUAACAAUACUAGAAAUAUGAACAACUUUGAAGAAAGUAUGGAUCUGACUAAAGGAAAUAUUUCUAGAAAUCAAAUGAAUAAUACCAGUUACCUGAAUACAACAAAUAAAAAGUAAAAUAAGAAGAAUAUUCCUUAAGUUACUCCAUAUAAAAUUAAUUUGAGGCUAUACCAAAAGAAAAAGAAAAUAAAACAAAGUGUAGAGGAAUGCAAAGUCUGGCAUUACUAUUUGGAUAAAAUGUAUAACCUUACAAGCUAGCAAUUUGAACUCAAACUUGCUAAUUCAACAAUACCUAAAGAAUUAAAAGAAUACAAUAUAAAAUAAAUAUUCAGAGGGGUUUUCAACAAUAAAAAAAUACCUUUUCUAGCUGUUAUUAUGAUUGAAUAUGAAAUAUUGCACUAAAUUGUCAAAGCUACUCUUUUAGACUUCUCAUGCAGUAUAAUUGGUUCUUUUUCAAAGAAUUUGUUUAUGGAUGAUAUAGGAGAAAACAAUCAAAGUCUAAUUAUUAAAAAAGAAGAACCUGAAGAUGAAGAAGAAGGAGAUUAAGAAGACGAAAGUGAUGAUGAUUUUAUUAACAGAAACAACAAAAUGAGUAUUGAAGGAGAUUAAAUACCUUCAUAAAAGUAAGAUAAAAAGAAAAAAGAAAAAAAGAUGGAUUUUUCUACUGUGUAUACUCUAAAUCAUGAGAGAGGAACUUAAAUUUCCCUGAAACUCAAUACACUACUUGUGUUGAAAGAUGUAACUGUAAUCUAGCAAAAUGAAGAGCCUCCUUUUUUAAAUAUAAGUGAAAAGAAUGUAGUGCAAGUUGUUUAUCCAUUUUGA